GAGAGUUACCCACUGACCAUCAUCACCUAUGUGGGACUGACCCUCUCCCUGCUGUGCCUCCUCCUCGCCAUCCUCACCUUCCUCCUGUGCCGCUCCAUCUGCAACAUCAGCACCUCCAUCCACCUGCAGCUCUGCCUCUGCCUCUUCCUGGCCGACCUGCUCUUCCUCAUCGCGGUGACCCGCACCAGCAGUCGGGUGGUGUGUGCCGUCAUUGCUGGUUUCCUACACUACCUCUUCCUGGCCUGCUUCAUCUGGAUGUUCCUGGAGGGGCUGCACCUCUUCCUCACCGUCAGGAACCUGAAGGUCGUGAAUUACACCAGCGCCAGCCGGUUCAAGAAGAGAUUCAUGUACCCGUUUGGCUACGGAUUCCCAGCCCUGGUGGUGGCUAUUUCUGCAGCGGUGAAUCAUGAAGGCUACGGAACUUCCAAAUACUGCUGGCUAAGCCUGGAGAGAGGCUUUCAUUGGAGCUUCCUGGGUCCAGUCUGUGCCAUAAUCCUGAUAAAUUUAACAUUUUUUCUUGUAACCCUCUGGAUCCUGAGAGACAAACUCUCCUCCCUUAAUGAAGAUGUGUCCACUCUCAAAGACACCAGACUACUGACUUUUAAAGCUAUCGCCCAGCUAUUCAUUCUGGGCUGCACAUGGAGCCUUGGUCUCUUCCAAGUUGGCUCAGCAAAAAUGGCCAUGGCGUAUUUAUUCACCAUUGUCAACAGCCUGCAGGGAGUCUUCAUCUUCCUGGUGCACUGUCUCCUCAAUCGCCAGGUGAGAGAGGAGUACAGGAGAUGGAUUAAAGGCACAAGAAAACCCAGCCCCACAACUCAAACUUUUAGUCCGUCCAUGUCCACUGUCACUACCAGCACCAAGAUGGCUCCAUGCAUCACUCACUGUGGAACAGGCAGGGAAGGUGUUGGCUUUGACACAAAUUUAGUGAAUUGCAGAGACCCCUCCACUUCAUCUCUGUGAAACAAUCACCUCUCCAACCACCGAUGUUUAUCAUACAGCCGGCUUUGCUGUGCCAGUGGGGCAGGUGCUUCAGCUGCCAUUCUUCAUCGCAACUACAUACAAAACC